AUGAGUUCAACACCAAAAGUAGAUAAAUCAGCGUUAGCAGCUGCUAUUGCUGAAGGCCAUCGAACUGGUGCAGAGAAACCUGAAAUUGAUCCACGUCAUAAAGCUGAUACAGAAAAUCAAGGUUGGCUUUCAGGUGAUCAAUUUACAAUUGCUGAAACUCCUGUUGCUCAUUGGAAUGCAACACCUGGAACCAAAGAAUAA